AUAAAAGAAGAAAAUCUUCCUAAUAGUCUCGCAGCUCGGCUCUGAACUCGAGUCCCACUGUUGUUUACGACUCAAAAAUCAAAACGGUUAUCUGUAACUCCUCCGACUCGUCAGAAAUGAUCCGUUUCAUAGUGCUUCAGAACAGACAAGGGAAGACCCGUUUGGCCAAAUAUUACAUUCCUCUCGAGGAAUCCGAGAAGCACAAGGUCGAAUACGAGGUUCAUCGGUUGGUGGUGAAUAGAGAUCCCAAAUUCACCAACUUUGUGGAGUUCCGUACCCACAAGAUUAUAUACAGAAGGUAUGCAGGAUUGUUUUUCUCACUCUGUGUUGAUAUUACUGACAACGAGUUAGCUUAUCUGGAGAGCAUCCACUUGUUUGUCGAAAUUUUGGAUCACUUCUUCAGCAACGUCUGUGAACUAGAUUUGGUUUUUAACUUCCACAAGGUUUAUCUGAUAUUAGAUGAGUUCAUUCUUGCUGGGGAACUUCAAGAAACGAGUAAGAAGGCAAUUAUAGAAAGAAUGGGGGAGUUGGAAAAGCAGGAAUAGAGAUUUAUGUGGCAGCUACAGAUAAGCACCUUCCCUUGCCUCCAAAGUUUACACCUUCUUUCUGCUGGCUGUAUUUCUCUGUUAAACAUCUAAAUGUUCUUGUGCUUCCGUUAUCUAUUGGAACGUGGAUCAUUUCUUUCAUUCUUACAUGUAAAGGAGGUUUUCUUUUUGCUUAUUUUAGUAAAGAAUUUCUCUGGAAGUGUCUUUCUUCUCUAUCAGAAUGCAGAUGUUAUGAUA